AUGUUCUGUAGAAAUGUCUCCUUUCUUCUUUCAUUUACUUUUCUUUCUGCCUUUCUGAAUUCUUUUUCUUCUGAGUUCCAUUUUCUUUUUCUUUUUUUUAUUUCUUUAUCGUCGUCUUCACUUCGAAUGGGAAACGUCUCCAUUCUGAUUUCAUUUUCUUUUCUUUCUUUUUACCCCUCGACCUUCUUUUUCUUCUAUUUUUCCCUUUUCAUUAAAUUUGUUACUUCUUUUUCGUCAAAUGUCUCCAUUCUGAUUUCGUUUUCUUUUCUUUCUUUUUACCCCUCGACCUUCUUUUUCUUCUAUUUUUUCCUUUUCAUUAAAUUUCUUACUUCUUUUUCGUCAAAUGUCUCCAUUCUGAUUUCAUUUUCUUUUCUUUCUUUUUAUCCCUCGACCUUCUUUUUCUUCUAUUUUUCCCUUUUCAUUAAAUUUGUUACUUCUUUUUCGUCAAACGUCUCCAUUCUGAUUUCGUUUUCUUUUCUUUCUUUUUAUCCCUCGACCUUCUUUUUCUUCUAUUUUUCCCUUUUCAUUAAAUUUGUUACUUCUUUUUCGUCGUCUUCCCAUCGAAUAUCGAGAUCUUUAGGCUUUUGUCUCUCUUUGCAGCUGAGAAAGAUAUUUGCCUCUGAAUGUUCUGUAGAAAUGUCUCCAUUCUGCUUUCGUUUUCUUUUCUUUCUUUUUAUCCCUCGACCUUCUUUUUCUUCUAUUUUUCCCUUUUCAUUAAAUUUAAAUGUCUCCAUUCUGAUUUCGUUUUCUUUUUUUUCUUUUUAUCCCUCGACCUUCUUUUUCUUCUAUUUUUCCCUUUUCAUUAAAUUUGUUACUUCUUUUUCGUCGUCUUCCCAUCGAAUAUCGAGAUCUUUAGGCUUUUGUCUCUCUUUGCAACUGAGAAAGAUAUUUGCCUCUGAAUGUUCUGUAGAAACGUCUCCAUUCUGGUUUCGUUUUCUUUUAUUUCUUUUUAUCCCUCGACCUUCUUUUUCUUCUAUUUUUCUCUUUUCAUUAAAUUUGUUACUUCUUUUUCGUCGUCUUCCCAUCGAAUAUCGAGAUCUUUAG